AUGGUGGAAGUGUACAGCGACCGGGACCUCCACGAAAGAAUAGGGCCUGUCAAGCAAGAUAAGGCCCUAAAAGAUAAAGAAAGAUACGUUGUGCGUGGUUCUAGCCUGUUCGACUACGAGCUCAACAUGGAGAAACGCGUGAGGCUGAAAUUCCGUGAGGAAGAGGCUCUGGUGUCUGUCGGGGACUUAGAAUCCCUGCGUCAGGCGGCCCGGUUCGAAUUCGGUCUCCAUUGCCAAACGAUCCACCUCUUUCAUCCCCAUGGGGCAUUUCAGCCCUUGACAAGAUGGGGGCCCUUGGAGAACGUUCCCGAUCCCGUCGUGCAGGUUCAGGUGGAGAAACCCCUUCCCAAGACCAGGUCACAAGCGCCGCCUCCCUCCAAUCACGCGAUUCGACGGGAUGUCGAGGAGAGAGGAGGUAGCGAGGCCUUGGCCUUUAAGGAGAAAUGGGAGGUCAUGAAGAAGAAACACGGGAUCCGAAUCCACGGCAUCCCGACCGAUAUUAUAAAGGACUUGGACCGAGGGAAACUUCGAAUCGCAAAGAUCGGACAUUCGCCCAUUCCAGGACGAUACUUUCCAGGAAAGGUUCUCUUCAUCAUCGGAGCCACAGGAGCAGGGAAGACGACGUUUAUGAACGCAUUAGUGAAUCACGUACUGGGUGUAAAAUGGGAAGAGGACGUCAGAUUCCUUCUCAUGGACACCGAAGAACGUAAAGAGGAUUCCACGAUGAGUCAAACGGAUUCCAUCACGGCCUACACCAUCCACCCUCCGGCCAGGAACGAAGGCGGCACCCUAUCGUCGUCCAGCAUAACCAUAGUGGACACACCGGGGUUCUUGGACACCCGGGGACUGGACGAAGACAAAACCUUAAUCAAGAACAUUCGCCAGUUCUUCACCCGAUACGUGGACCGCCUCCACCGGAUCGGGAUCGUGAUCCCGGCCACCACGACCCGGCUCACCGCUUCUCAGAGAUUCCUCUACGAUCAAAUCCUUUCCCUGUUCGGCAACGACGUCAAAGACCGCUUCGUCCUUCUGUCGACGUUCGCAGACCAAGAAGAACCUAAAACUCUGGCGGCCGUGAAGCAGGCAGGAAUCUCUUGUCGAGGUUCGUAUCAGUUCAACGCCGGGUGCUUGUACAAGAAGAGCCGGAAGCAAUCCGCCAUGCAGGAAUUGUUGUGGAAGAUGACCGCGGACGGCUUCCAGCGACUCCUCGAGGACAUGCAGACCGCAGAGCCCAUCGGCCUGGAACUCACCCGAGAGGUUCUCGAGAAGAGGGAAACUCUCGAGAAGGCUCUUGUGAAAGUCCAAGAGGAAAUAAAACUCGGACUCCUCAAGCUGCAAGACCUAAAACGCCGAUACGAAGCUACGAAGCGACACAAGAAAAAGCUGGAGACCGAGAAGACCUCGCUGCUCCAACUGGCCCAGGAAUUCAAGGUGAAGCAGUUGCAGGUCUACGACCUCCUCCGCCGCGCCCACCAGGACCUGACGCGCCUGGACGAGAUCGCCCUCAAACCCAACCCGCUCACCCUGAGCACCUACAUCGACAUGCUGAUCCAAAACGAGGAGACGGAGAAAGGAGAAAACUGGGAUGUUCGGGUCGGCGCCUUGAAGAACUCCAGGGCAGCAGCCUUCUGGAUGGCCUCGUUGAAGACCACGGGCGCAGAUAUCGAUCCAUUCAGGCACGAACUGGUGAAGCUAGAGGCCUCGGGGCUCAAGAUGGUCUCUUCGAGCGAAACGGAAUCCCUCGACCUGGAAUUCCUCGACUCUCCGAAGGGGUUUCUCUAUACCAUCAAAUCCUUCCUGGGGCGAAAAUAAUCCGUCAAUCCGCGGUAGACAACUAUUGGAGCCUGAUGAUCUCCAGCGCAAUCGUUUGCGCUGGAGAUAAAAUACAAAUACAAAAAAUACCUGUAUUUUUAGCUUAAAAAUACAUUUUUAUUCAUAAUCAGGAAAUGUACGACACGUUUGAAAGAAUGAAUUAUACAGUAUAUUAGCGCAAUAUAUAUUUAACAUUGAACGCAAUGCAG